AUGAAGCCAGGAAUAAAGCCAAUUCAUGUACUAUCAUACUAUUUGAUGAUAUUCACAAUCAUCAUGAUCGUUUAAGUCAUUAUAAGUUUUUUGAUUUUCAUUCUUGGCUCACCCGAAUACUAUAACGUGCCUGAUAAACAAGUUGCAUAAACUUCUGGAGAUUGUGGAUUUUAUGCAGAAAUAGUUGUCAUGCUUUUUGAUUUAGUCCUUGGUGUAAUAUUCGAUGUAUUUGGCAGGAAAAUACCAACAGUUGCAGGCUUAAUCGUGGCUGGUAUAUCCUUGAUCAUAACUCCUUACUUUUCAACAAUUUACCCCUCAUUUUUGAUAAUCAGAAUAUUCAUGUCUUUGGGUACUAUACCAGCCUUAAAUACUCCAUUACUGCCAGAUUAUCUCUUUGAUUAAUCUCUUGGACUCGGUAGUGCCUAUUAAUUUAUUGUAAGCGCUGCUGCGGCUGUUUUUAGCACAACUGGACUGCUUGAAAUAAAAAAAAAUGAAGAUAUAAAAUGGAUAUUUAUAGGUAUUGGUACCUACAGUAUUUGUGUUGGGAUUUUCCUAAUCUUCACCAUCAAAGAAAUGAAUUAAAUAGAGAAAUCAUCGAGAGAAAAUAAGAAAGCGUUAAAGUAAAAAUUAAGGAAAACCAUUACAGAAUUUGUUGUUUCUUUCAAAGAAGAUGCUGGAUUUUUUGUAGCUAUGUUUGGGUCAUUUUGUGUUAAAUUGACAGCUCUAACAUGCUCUCUAUUUGGAAGUCUCUUGAUUAUAGCAAAUGAAAAGAAUAGUGGAAAUCCUGAUUACUAAAAUGAUGCUCAGACUAAAAUUCAAUACAUAUUUCUGAUUGGAAAUGUAUUGCAAGUCCCAUUUUGUCUAGUUUUAGGCUAUCUAAGUGAUAAAACUAGAAUGUGGUAUUUGCUAGCUAGUGCAAGUGCUGGUGUAAUUAUAUUAUCGACAAUAACACUAUUGAGUAAGAUAGUCAAGAAAGAAUCUAGAGGCACACUAUUUAGUGUUUAUAGUUUGGCCGGAUCAGUUGGUGUUCUUUUGAUAAAUAAGUUAGGUGGAUAUCUAUACGAUAAUGUCGCACAUGAAUGGCCAUUCUUGUUAACAUUGAUUUCCUUUUCUGUAUUUUUUAUAGUGACGCUAAUACUUGGAUUUAUGAACAAACUUAAAGUUUGA